UUCCAUCAUUGGAGGAAAAAAACCUAGGAUGUUAAACAUGUAAUUAUAGCAUUUGUGUGUUUGCAUUUCUAACAAGCUGCUAGGAGAAGCUUGUUCGUAGCCUUGAAGUGAACUAACUGGUCUCCAGGUUGCAUAGAAAGUCAACAUCAUUGCACAUUGCAGCAAAGGGUGGGGCUGCUCAGCUCUUAGAUGGAGCUGUGGAUUUCAGUCUGCAUGAUGUGAACGGUUUCGAUGAACUACUUAGGCCUGUUAUCUCUACCAAGAACUUAAGUUAUAUAAGGUGGGAUGGCCUUCAGAACAAUUUCUAUAAAUCCAUGUUUUUUUUGGAACACAUUUAUGUAAACAGUUUUCAAGGCACUACUGCACAGCAUGAGAUGUUUCAAGACUUAAUAGCAAGCCAGGUGAAAUUAUGGCUUGCCUUACUGUAAGCUUUGUCCCAAAUACCUGGAAUUUCAACACAUCGGAGAUUUUCUCGCUGUGAGUUCGUGGAAGUGAAGUUGGAUUCCUGUGUAAGGUAGAGAUGUGAAAAGCAAAAUUGAAUUCAGCAAUCUCUGCCCUUGAGCGCUUCAACGGGUUCUUGGGAGAAGAGGGGAAGUAACACAAGAGAAUCAUAAAACUAAAACCUAACCUCUUAUUCUUUUAGUGUUUUCUUAUGGUUCUUAGCUUUUGCGAAUUGAUUUGUCUUUUACGGAAAGAAAGGCAAAGCUGUGUUUAGUUGGGUGUCUGAUGAAGUCAGAAUAAGCUCUGCAGAAGGGAGGCAUUGCUUUGUUUCAAAUGGAAAUAACUUUUAACUGCCCCUCCCAAAAACAUACACAAAUUCUGUGUUUUCUCUGUGUAGAAUGGCCUGGCCCAUUCUACAACCAGGGAGUGCUGUCAGGAUUUUGAAAACUCAAAGUCAGUUGAGAUAGUGUGAGAUGGUUACUGUGAUUCAUGCUUUUACGUGUUCUUUGCCAAUAAAUGUCUUCCUCCUCCUACACUAAAGGUGUAUUUAAUCCUGUGAGAAGAACUUUAAUGCCAUUUGUUGUGAAUAGGUUCAACCUGUAGUCUGCAUCUGUUCAGUUCAUGAGCUCAUUUUGGUACAGUUAUUAAGCUAACGUGAGGUUGGGGUUUUUGAUUACUUCAAUAUAAGGUUUUGGGUUUCUUCUGUAAAAUACUGCAAUGGUGGUUUGUUUAUUUCUUAAUGAAAAAAAUCAUUCUAAAUUACCAGAAAGCAUGUUUUAAAUACUCUGUUAUUCACUUACAGCUGCCAAAACAUAGUACAGAGAAAUAAUGGUCUGCUAGCCUGCUAAACAAGAGUCCAGCUUCCACAAUGCCUGUGCAGGCAGCUCAGUGGACAGAAUUUCUGUCCUGCCCAAUCUGCUACAACGAGUUUGAUGAGAAUGUGCACAAACCCAUCAGCUUAGGUUGCUCUCACACUGUCUGUAAGACCUGCCUGAACAAGCUCCAUCGCAAGGCAUGUCCUUUCGACCAGACUGCCAUCAACACGGACAUCGAUGUUCUUCCUGUAAACUUUGCACUCCUCCAGCUAGUUGGAGCCCAGGUACCCGAUCAUCAGACAGUAAAGUUGAGUAAUGUGGGAGAAAACAAACAUUAUGAAGUAGCAAAGAAAUGUGUUGAGGAUUUGGCACUCUACUUAAAGCCAUUAAGUGGAGGGAAAGGUGUUGCAAGCUUGAAUCAGAGUGCACUGAGCCGUCCAAUGCAAAGGAAGCUUGUGACGUUGGUGAACUGUCAGCUGGUGGAGGAAGAGGGUCGGGUCAGAGCUAUGAGAGCAGCUCGAUCACUGGGAGAGAGAACUGUCACAGAACUGAUCUUGCAGCACCAAAAUCCUCAGCAGCUUUCUGCCAAUCUUUGGGCUGCUGUCAGGGCACGAGGAUGCCAGUUUCUAGGACCAGCUAUGCAAGAGGAGGCACUGAAACUUGUAUUACUGGCACUGGAAGAUGGCUCUGCACUCUCAAGAAAAGUUUUGGUACUUUUUGUUGUGCAAAGGCUAGAACCAAGAUUUCCUCAGGCCUCUAAAACAAGUAUUGGUCAUGUUGUGCAGCUACUGUAUAGAGCAUCUUGCUUUAAGGUCACUAAAAGGGAUGAAGAUUCUUCUCUGAUGCAGCUUAAAGAAGAGUUUCGGAGUUAUGAGGCUUUGCGGAGAGAACAUGAUGCCCAAAUUGUUCACAUUGCCAUGGAAGCAGGACUUCGAAUAUCACCAGAACAAUGGUCUUCUCUUCUGUAUGGUGACUUGGCACAUAAAUCACACAUGCAGUCCAUUAUUGACAAGCUCCAAUCUCCAGAGUCUUUUGCAAAGAGUGUACAAGAAUUGACAAUUGUCUUGCAGCGCACGGGAGAUCCUGCAAACUUAAACAGGCUGAGGCCUCAUUUAGAGCUCCUGGCAAACAUAGAUCCAAAUCCAGAUGCAGCAUCUCCAACAUGGGAGCAGCUGGAAAAUGCAAUGGUUGCUGUAAAGACUGUGGUACAUGGGCUAGUGGAUUUCAUUCAGAAUUACAGCAGAAAAGGCCAUGAAACUCCACAGCCACAACCAAAUAGCAAAUACAAAACAAGUAUGUGCCGAGACCUUCGACAGCAAGGGGGAUGUCCAAGAGGAACAAACUGUACAUUUGCUCAUUCUCAGGAAGAGCUCGAAAAAUACCGCUUGAGGAACAAAAAAAUCAGUGCAACAGUGAGAACAUUCCCCCUUCUAAAUAAAGUUGGCGUAAAUAGCACCGUCUCGACCACAACAGGAAACGUAAUUUCUGUCAUAGGAAGCCCUGAAGCAACAGGGAAGAUGGUGCCAAGUACUAAUGGAAUAGCUAAUCUGGAAAGUGGGGUUCCCCAGUUGAUCCCUCGCUGUGCAGACACCUCCUUGAGAGCUUUGGAGAACACCAAGAAGGGAGGGAAGACUGGAGCCAAUGGCCAGAAUGUUUCUGGGUCCCCUACAGAAUCACUACCUGAAAAUAAAAUUGGUUCUCCACCCAAGACUCCUGUAAGCCAGGCAGCAGCUACCUCAGCUGGUCCUCCCAAUAUUGGAACAGAAGUUAAUUCUGUACCUCCAAAAUCCAGCCCGUUUGUUCCCAGAGUACCCGUCUACCCUCCACAUUCUGAUAAUGUUCAAUAUUUCCAAGAUCCCCGGACUCAGCUAUCAUAUGAAGUUCCACAGUACCCACAGACAGGAUAUUAUCCACCACCUCCAACAGUACCAGCUGGUGUGGCUCCCUGUGUUCCUCGCUUUGUGAGGUCCAAUAACGUUCCAGAAUCCUCCCUCCCACCUGCUUCCGUGCCAUAUGCCGAUCAUUACAGUACAUUUCCCCCUCGAGAUCGACUGAAUUCUCCUUACCAACCUCCUCCUCCGCAGCCGUAUGGACCAGUUCCUCCUGUCCCUUCUGGAAUGUAUGCUCCAGUUUAUGACAGCAGGCGCAUCUGGCGCCCACAGAUGUACCCACGAGAUGAUAUUAUUAGGAGCAAUUCUUUACCUCCCAUGGAUGUGAUGCACUCAUCUGUCUAUCAGACAUCAUUACGUGAGAGAUACAACUCUUUGGAUGGGUAUUACUCUGUGGCUUGUCAACCACCAAAUGAACAGAGGACUGUGCCUUUACCAAGGGAGCCUUGUGGGCAUUUGAAGACUGGUUAUGAAGAGCAGUUAAGACGGAAGCCGGAGCAAUGGGCACAGUACCACACGCAGAAAACUCCUCUGGUAUCGUCAACCCUUCCUAUGGCAACACCAUCUCCAACACCACCUUCUCCUCUCUUCAGCGUAGAUUUCAGCACAGAGUUCUCAGAAAAUGUCAGUGAUUUGAGUGGAACUAAAUUUGAGGAAGACCAUCUCUCUCACUAUUCACCGUGGUCUUGUGGCACUAUUGGCUCUUGUAUAAAUGCUAUUGACUCGGAGCCCAAGGAUGUGAUUGCCAAUUCAAAUGCCGUGUUAAUGGAUUUGGACAGUGGAGAUGUUAAAAGGAGAGUGCAUUUAUUUGAAACUCAGAGAAGGGCAAAGGAAGAAGAUCCUAUAAUCCCAUUUAGCGAUGGACCGAUCAUCUCCAAGUGGGGUGCAAUCUCCAGGUCAUCCCGCACAGGUUAUCACACAACAGAUCCUAUUCAGGCCACUGCUUCCCAAGGAAGUGCUACUAAACCCAUCAGUGUAUCAGAUUAUGUCCCUUAUGUCAAUGCUGUUGACUCAAGAUGGAGUGCCUAUGGCUCAGAUUCUGCUUCAUCAGCACGUUAUGCAGAACGGGACAGGUUCAUAGUUGCAGAUUUGUCGGGUCACCGAAAGCAUUCCAGCACUGGAGAUCUAUUGAGUAUUGAAUUGCAACAGGCCAAAAGUAACUCAUUAUUACUUCAGAGAGAGGCGAAUGCACUAGCCAUGCAACAGAAGUGGAAUUCUCUAGAUGAAGGCAGUCGUCUUACCUUAAAUCUUUUAAGCAAGGAAAUUGAUUUGAGGAAUGGUGAGACUGAUUAUACUGAAGACUGUGCAGACACAAAGCCAGAUCGAGACAUUGAAUUGGAGCUGUCAGCCCUGGAUACAGAUGAACCUGAUGGGCAAGGUGAACAAAUAGAAGAGAUUCUGGAUAUACAGCUAGGUAUUAGUUCUCAAGAUGAUCAGCUGCUCAAUGGGACAACUGUAGAGAAUGGACAUCUGCUAAAACAGCACCAGAAAGAAUCUAUGGAACAGAAGAGACAAAGUUUAGGUGAAGACCUUGUGAUUCUUUCUCAACUUGGAGAUUAUAGAAUCCAGAUGACUUGGCAAAAAGUAUCAGGUGCUCUUGGCUUUCCUUUGAAAACCCUGUACGUAGUGUUUGCACUGACUAACAAAGAUGGUAUUGCUGUUUUUUGUACUGUUUUGUUCUUAAUUUAAACUAAGUAUUGGGAAUUUAAGGCGGUUGUAUUACCUUUGUUAAAUGUUGUUAAUCAUAAUUUUGUAUUCAGGUUUAAUUUUUGCUUGUUCAGUGGCAACUUAUUUUCAAAGACCUUGAAAAUACAAUAAUAGAGCAUUAUCUGACCUUCAGAGUACUGAAAAGCGUAAGAAUUUAUGCCCUGCUAAGGUGUGACUGAGAAUCAUGUUAGACAUGUCAACUGAAAAUUGGUUUUCAUAAAUACACAUGAAAUAGAACCCUGGGCAUAUAUUUUGUUGGUUUGAGAAGCUUAAAAAUCCACUCUUUUCUCUUUUGGGAAAGAAAGCAGGACUCUCCCUCCUGAUGGUGACUCUCUUCUUGUUCGUCCUCUUCCUUUUCUUUGUGACAAGUUUUACAUUUUAUUUUAUUUUUCUUUUCUUUUUUUUUAUGUUUUUUAUUAACUUCUGUGAAGUUGUUUACUCUGAAAAUUGUACUGGAAUAUUUUAAGCCAAGCUGAUCUUUCACCAGGUGUACUGCAUGUAAGGGCUUUUCCUGCUAGCAAAAAUGCUUAAAGAGGAUCAUGUUACUGGUCGUCUGAGUUGUUAUUUUACAAAAUCACAGCUAUGUGGUCGGGUAAGAUUUUGAUAACUGUUUUGUGCACGCUUCUGGGGGGUGGGGGUUGGCAUUUCCCUGAGGGUUCCUGAUUAGACUAAGUACAUAUUGGUGUUUGAUAUCUCUCCUAAUGAACCUGUCCAUGAGAUAAUUAUGUUGUAAAUAUACCUGAAAAUCCAAGGGUUAGUUUUGAUAUUCUGGUGUCAGUAUGGAAGAUCUUACACAUCUAUUUAAUACUCCAGUGUAAAGGAAUGUAUGUAGAAAACCAGUUGAGUAGUCUUUUCUUAGUUUCCUUUGGCUGUUGCUGUACCUUCCUAUAGCCAGUGCCACCUCAUAGCUAGGAUUAGACUGAUGCUUUGUUUCACUUGCAACUUGAAGUGAAUGGACACAAAAACCAGACCACCUUUGUCACCUUAACUUAUUUCCUAUCGAUGUUAACUUUAACUUAGAAUGUUAGACAUAAAUAUGAUUGUUGUAUAUUUUAUACCAAGGCCAUUAUGUAAAUAUGAAUUUAUAUUACUUUUGAAAUGCUUCUGAGAUACUAUUAUUUGCUGUACAAUGUAAUUCCAAAACAGAUAUGCAAACAAGUAUGUCUCUUUCAUGGAUAUUUAAACAGUGAGAUCUUCCAUGUUGAAGGUGAUGUAAUUUUUUUAAAAGAUUUUUAAAUUUUAAAUUGCUAUUUUGUUACAAAAAUAGAGAAAAUAUAAAGGUUUGAGAAGUCCUUAUUUGCCCUCAGGGAAAGAGCCCUCUGUGCACCAGAACUCCACAGAACAUCUUCAGCAUGAUCUGAGGGUGAAUAUAUACUACAUAAAUUGAUUGUGUAUUUACCUUAACUUUUUAAUUUUAAAAUUGCAACUUUAAAAACUUGGUUGUGCUCUGCUGGAGGGGGGUUGGGAUAAGCUGCUUACACACAUUUGCCUGUUUGUCCAGUGAAAUUACAUAAGCCUGAGAUCCUCCUGCUAACCAGACUGGCAUAUUUAACAACAGAUGUAUCUAUAUAUACUCUUAUCUGCAGCAGGAGGUCCCAUGAUAGAGCAGUUUGCUAGGAUGACCAUACACUUCAAAUGGAAAGUUGGUUCUUAACUGGGGCUAGGGGGUUUAUUUUAGUUGGAUUUUUUGCUAUCUAGAAUGACAGGCAAAAGAAUUCUUUAGGGAUUUCAACAUCAUGCGAGCUUUGUCUUAACAGUUUUAGCACUGAUUGUGUGGUUUAUGCCAUGAAAUUGUGCCCUCCAGUGCCCUGACAAGGAGAAAGCUACAGGUGGUAACCUAGCUCGGGCUUUCUUCUUUGGUGAAGUUUCAGCCUUUGACCCUAUACAAACAAGUAUGUAUUCAUUUGUCUAGAUGUAAAUCAGGUGCCUUUGGGCUAUGGAAGGGCUUAUUUUCUGAUGCUGAGAUACAGUGACUUAUCUUUGUGUGUGAAUAGCAGUGAUUCCCAUGUGGGUUUUGGCCUAACUUACCUGUGCUGUCAGAAAAAAGGCCCAUAGCAGAAUGGGGAAAGAGAUUGGCUCUUUUGCUUUGCUUGGACAAGCAUUUUGGGUUGUUUUGGUUUGGCUUUUGGUUUGGUUUGGUUUUUUUCCCCACUAGGGGUACAGCAGGGAUUUCACAUGCAAGAGAUACAGGAAUUAUUAGUGUCUAAGUUAAUUGUGUUGCCUCACUACCUGGAUUCACUCCUUGGUUUGCCUCAUUUCCCACAUAGGUCUUAAUAGAGACUAAUGCUUGUGCUGGGAGAAUGCUUGUGUGAGAAAGUAAUUAUCUGUACAUUCUUAACAUAUACUUAGAGCAGAGUGAUUGCCCUGCUACUGAUAUUUUGUUCCUGUAAACAGGUGACAAGAAAUGAAUCUUAGUGUUUAUGCAGAUUUUGCAUUGUAGAAUGUAUACUAGACCCUUCAAAGGAAAGGUUAGACUCUUUGCAAAGCAAACUGGCGUUGGUUCUUGGUAGUCUAGUACAGGGACACUAAAGUUUGACAUUUGAUUUAGGAAAAAAACCCCAAGUUGUACACAGCUGAUUAUGUUAAAUAAGCUCUUAAUUGCUCUUUGUAGAAGUCUAAUUUGGGAGGUUUUAGUGCUUUGAUAACACAAUUGAAAUCUUACUUUAUCCUGUACUCGAGCUGAAUGCUGUUCUUGUAUAAUAGUGUACUAGGCUGGAUGAGGUACAAAAUAAUGCACAGAGGUCAGAAACAGCUGAGGAAAGAAUGCUUAAAAUAAUGUAAUCUAAACUCAGAAUAGUUCCAAACAUUGGUUUUGUUUGCUUUUUUAAAGCACAAGUUGUCAAGUUGUACCUGUUGCUGUACAUAAACACUGUAUGCCAGCAGCUCCUUGAUCAUAUCUGUGGACAGACUUUGCAUUAUUAUUAGACUGUUCUUAAAGGAAGAUGUUGAAUUUGAAGAGUAUAACAAAAUGAAGAAAUGAUCGGAUUAUCUAUAGUAUGUAAAAGUCCAUUCUUUAUGUUGUAGUUUAAUCCCUUUUUUAGGAAAUUCCCUCUCAUUGAGGGACCUCUUCUGCAAGCAGAACACAAUAGAUGUGGUUUUUUAAAUGACCCCGUUUUCCAGUAUAAAGGAAGAGCUAACUUUGGCAGUAAGUCAUCACCAUGCAUCUCUCUGCUGGCAAGGGAGCACGGCAAGAAAAGAAACCAAACCCCAACCUGGCAGUGAUGAGAUGAAUCAAAUCUGAAUCCCAAAAUGCCCAAUACCCGAACAUAAUUAUUACACCCUGUUAUUUAAGAAGGAUGCUUGUGGAAGCUUUUAAUCACUCGAGAUUUCGCUGUAAAAGCUGAACUACAACAGAGCCUGGCUGCAUUUAUUACUGCCAAAAGCCAAGGUCAUUUGCACAUAGCCCAUCAGUGUAUCCAGGGUAGGUCUCAGUUAAUCCAAGGCAUGGAAGUGCAUGCAUUUUCUUAGCUGGGCAAACAAGUACAUUAUACAGUAGUUGUGAUACAACACAUGUGGCUUUUAUUUGUACUGCACAUACCCACUGUACAGCCACUCCGAAGUAUCGUGGUUAGCUUGCAGCAUCUGCUGUCCGCAUUUAUACUGUUUACUGCGUAUUCUUUUCCCUGGAAGUUUUAAAGAAAAUUGGGGUUUUUUUGGUUUUUUUUCUCUUGUUGCAUUGAUUACAUUUUAUAAAUUUGCUUAGCUGGAAAGUUUGGGAAAAGAGGCCUGUUUGUCAAUUGUACAACCGAUUGUGAAGCUCUAGUGUGAAUAUUUUUACGUCUGUAUUAGACAUUUUCUUUGCAAAUCUAUUGUUCGAUUGAAAUGUAAAUGAAAUAAAAGAUGGUGUACACCCAUCAUGUAUAAAGCAGGCACCAUCGCUACGAUGGAUUUAAUGCUCAUUUUUAUGGCGCAUUCUCAGCUUCUAUUUAAAACUAUAAUUUAAAAAAAAAAAAAGAAAAAAAUCUGUAAAAUGAAAUGGGGUUAUAUGGGGGAGUAAAUUCUAUUCCGUUUAUCUCGGGUUGAGUUCCCAAUGGUCGUUUCCCUUCGUGUUAGAGGUAGGGGCGGGCGGUGCCGUGUGUGUUUGCUGUAGCACUGAAGUGAAGAGGUUGUAUAGCUUUGGCUGGUCACGGAGUAGAGCAUCCUGGUUUUCAGUGUUUGAGAGACUCGGUGGAAGAAGUUUGCAGUAUUGACAUGUAUUUGCAUGCACCAAUAAAAAUUAUUUGUCCACCUUAA